CCUGCACCUGCAAAUUUAAGAAAAAUCCAUUUUUUUUGAAUGUUGAAAUUGUUGAAGUGAAAAAAACUGUUUGUAUGCGUUAUCGGGUGAAAAACUGGCUCAGCAGCAGCAAAAAUAUGGAGGCAAUCUUGAACGCAUCAAUUUCCUUCUUGGACGGCAACCGGAUGUUGUUAAGCGCCACCUUCGAGAUCCAUUAAACAAUUGGCGGCACGGUUAUUCACAAAAUAAGGAAAUGGCUGAUUAUCGCGCCGCAUCUACCGGGUGGCCAAUCGCCACUGAAUCCCCGUCCGACGGGGAAUACCGCUGUUUUCCGGGCCGCCCUGUAUAGGCAGCAUGGGGGCGUAGGCCUACGCUGAGCAGCGCAGCCUUCCAGUACCUGAGCAGAUGCGAAAAGUGCGGCAUGGCAGCUGUUUGGUGUUUUCUGGCGCUGUUUGCGUUGUGCGCCCACUGCUCGGCCAACAACCGAACUAAACUGACGCGCGAGUUGGUUCCGCUGGCCGCGCCCAUCAACCUGACGCUGGUGGGCUUCGAAAGCCGCGACGCGCUGAUCAGUUGGGAGCCGGUGGCGUCCGAAUCAGUGCGGGGCAGCUUCAGGGGCUACAUAGUGCGCAUCUGGAACCACGCCCUCAGCCAGGUCUACGCCAUUCCGCCGGAAGUGACGCAGACAGCUGUCCAGUUCUUCCCCUACUCGCGCAACUUUGUGACGGUGUCGGUGCGCAACGACAAGUACGUCGGCCCGCGCAGCGUUGCCAUGUGGUUCGACGCGCCCCAAACUGAGCCAGGGAUGCCGUUUCAUUUCGAGCACAGCCAACUGGGCUCCCAGUCUGCGCUGUUGCAGUGGCGCCGACCGGCGCACGCCAAUGGCGCCCUGCUCGGCUACAACAUCUACUGCAGUGAGGCGCAGGAGUUCGGCCACAAUGCGCAGACCACCGUGCAGGAGUUCAUCCAGGGGCGUGACAACACGCAGGCCAAAAUCACCGGGCUCAAGCUGGGGCAGCGCUACCUGAUUGAAGUCGCCGCCGUUAAUUGCGCAGGCGAGGGCGAACGCAACACGCUGCUGGUGGAGGCGGAGCCCCACCAGCCCUACACGCCCUCCCGCCCCGCCUUCAAGUACACCAUUGGCGUUGCGCCGUUGGACAAGGCGGGGCAUUUUGCGCGGCACUGCGCCGCUAGCGCCACCCAGCUGGACGACGACUCCUAUGUGCUCAACACAGUGUUGCCGCAGGACCGAUGCGUGGUGCAGACGCUAAUCAAGUGGGUCCCGGACGUGACGCACAAUCCAGGCGAGCAUUUUUUCCUGAAGUACCGCCUGAAGGGGGCCGCCGACUGGACCGAAACGUCGCCGGAGCUGUCGGAGGAUUUCGUCGUUUUGCGCGAUUUUGACGCCUGUCGCAGCUACGAAAUCAUCCUGGUGGCCGUCGACGGCGAUUUCCGCACGGAAAGCGAGCCGCAAGAAACGCCGGCCGUGCUCUUCCCGACCGGGUUCCAGUAGCUGGUUUACUCAGUAAAUGCACUAAGUUUAA